GUCGUCGUAGUCUCGCUUUGCCGGCAUCACUACCUUGAGACCUCCAACAUUUGAACGCACCGCAACGCACCGCAACGCAACCUCUGUAUUGACCACGAAUCCAGACGUCGAUUGAAAGUGCAAAUACUUCCAUCCUCCUCCCAGCCCUCAACUCGACCAUUUCCGCCUUUCUUGCCCGUCUCCAGCCACCAAACUGCGCAUCCGCAUCUAUUUCGGUGACUGCCUGCCUUGCGACCAACACCCUAGCCUGAAUCCGCUUAGCGAGGGGGGCGAUUGCGACGACUGGCUGGGCUGUGCUGGAGUUGAAGUGGGAUCCCAUGAGGCCUCCAACACUCCACACCCAAUAUCAUAUUCGUUCGACCACGACCAACACCCACUCGCCAUAUUCUGUCCCAAAUUCUCCAGAGGUCGAGAUAUUAUUAGAGACAAAGAAACCCCAACCAGACCAGGACCGAGCGGAACCAGGAAAGUGGCAGGAUCGGGAAGAAGUGGGAGACGUCUUCGGGAGCCUCGACAUCUACCUCGCAGUCGACGCGAUGGACCGAUCAAAUGGCAACGGCUCUGCGCAGAAUAGGGAACAUGUCGACCAGAAUUGGGCCAAGGGACUGACGGCACAAUUCGAGGGUUUGCUACGGACGAAGAGACUUAAUGAACUCGACUCACGAUCGCGGACAACGUCGCCAGCUCCAAGAGAACAGGCUUCCUCCAACAACCUGGGAGCUCAAUCAUCUUCCUCCUCAAAACCGACAUCAUCCUCUUCAUCAUCAUCUGCAUACCGACCGGGCCAGCAGCAACCACCUCACAGAUCAACACCCCCAUCCUAUGCAUCAUUACGAAGCCAACCAAAGGUCCCCUCACCACCUGCGGAUACAGGCUCACACAAGUUUCGAAAUCUAUUAAUUUCAUUAUCACAGACACCAACCAAGUACGAGAACCCGGGAUUAUUGGACGAAGCAUUACAGGUCAUUCCGCUGGAUCGAAUUUAUGGCGAAGCUGAGGAAGAAUCACAACUCCUUCAAGCACAAGCUGAGAGUAUGGGUGACGGAAGAAAACCGGAAUGGGGUUACCAAGAUUGUGUUAUUCGCGCAUUAUUAAGGUACGGGUCUCUUGCUACUGGUAAAACUGGGGCUUCUCUAACUUGACUUAGAUGGUUCAAACGGUCGUUCUUCUCCUGGGUCAACAACCCACCAUGUUCCGCUUGUCUAUCACCAACAAUUGCGCAAGGCAUGACACCACCAACACCCGAAGAGUCGGCAUACGGAGCAUUAAGAGUAGAACUAUAUCGAUGCUCGGCAGGUGAUUGCGGCUCCUAUGAGAGAUUUCCACGAUAUGCGGACGUAUGGCGAUUAUUACAAACCCGACAAGGACGAUGCGGAGAAUGGGCCAACGUUUUCAGCAUGUUGUGCCGCGCUGUUGGAGGACGUGUACGAUGGGUAUGGAAUAUGGAAGAUCAUGUCUGGACUGAGGUUUAUUCCGAGCAGCAAAAACGAUGGGUUCACAUCGACGUUUGUGAGGAAGCAUGGGACAACCCAAGAUUAUACGCCGACGGAUGGGGAAAGAAGAUGUCUUACUGUGUCGCAUUCUCAAUUGAUGGCGCAACUGAUGUUACGAGACGAUAUGUACGCAAGGCAGAACAAGCCAUGGAGCGCACAAGAUGCCCGGAAGAAGUUAUGCUUUAUAUCAUGAAUGAGAUUCGAAGUCUUCGACGAUCCAACAUGCCCAAGGAUGAACGAUUUCGAUUAGAAAAGGAGGAUGCUCAAGAGGACAAGGAGCUUAGAGGAUAUGUCAUUUCAUCAAUCGCACAAUCUGUCGCGGCCAAUAUUCGACCAGGAGAACAAUCAGCGUCACCACUUCCUCGACAACAUUCUGAGGAUCAAAAAUUACCAGCAGAGCAGCCAGCUGGCCGGCAGAGUGGUACUCAAGAAUGGAUCAACGCUCGAGGCGAGAGUGGACGAUACCACUCUCCAAGAGACCCUUCACAACGUGGACCUUGAAAUAGGUUCGAGUAAUAUUACGAUACCCACUCCAGAGGCCGACUUCAACAAUAGUUCGGUUGCUACAAAAAUCCGCCGAGCCGAAUUACAGGAGCUACCACGGCAACGCCCUUGCGACCAAGCACUCCAAGAAUUUUCGGCACUUUCACUUCUCCCCGUGGUUGAGUGGCGACAAGCAACCAAAUUUAAAGACACGAUAUGAGGACCAUAUGCCAUAAACACAUACCUAAUACAUAACUUUCCCUUACUUCCGAAGAUACCAUUUUCUCACGACAUGUGUUACUUUUUUCCACACAUGGACGUUGUACGUUAUACGCAUUCCGCGAACUUUUGCAUACCUGCAUACCUGGGGGAAAGGCAACCCCCCCGAGUUUUACUUUGUCGCGGAGUUCCGGUCAUUGAUCUACAUAAUUUUAUUUUGUCAACUUCUUUUGCGCCUCCAGGAAUUUUGGAAGGGGGAACUCAUAAGACUGUGCCUUGGCAGGGGCUGGCAAAUAGUCUGGCGUUUUAUUCACUUGGACUGGAUCUACCACUCUGGACACAAAGGAGAUGAUUACUUUUUUUUGCUCUGUCGUUUUUUUUCUGGAAAAGGAUGGAUGGCUGGAUCGGGGGAAGGGUUGGGUGCAUUAUAUACCUAUGGAUGGAAAGGAUCGAAAUGGAAUUUUUACUUGAUUCAUCAUCGGGAUAUUUUACGUUGAUGGGAGUUGAGUUUUAUAUUGUUAUUAUAUAUUGGACACGUCGUUCUAUGGUUUUUCCAUUGAAGAUGGGUGGAUGGAAGGGGAUUAUUCUUC